AGUGUUAUCUAUGGGAAGAUUACGUAACUACAAUUAAUCAAAAGUAAUAAUUAUUAUAACCUAAUAAAUAAAAAUUUAAAUGUUUAACUUUUUGUAAAACGUAAAUUAUCAACGUAAAUGUAUAUAUUUAAUUGAAUUUUAUAAUGUCUGGGAUGUAUAAAUAUGCUGAUCUAAUAAAAAAUACAACAAAUUAUGCACGACGAAUGAAUCGAUUGAGUAAUCGAAUAUUCGGUGAAGUUGUUCGACCAACCAAUGCAAAAUCUAUGAAAGUGGUUCAACUGUUUAGUGAAGAACCAUUACAUAAACGUCCAGAUAUUGUAGCUUAUUAUCCACGGCAUGUUGAAACGCAUGUAUUGAUAAGAAAUCUUCGUGAUUAUGGACUAUUUCGUGACGAACAUCAAGAUUUCAAAGAGGAAAUGACACGAUUGAGAGCUUUACGUGGUAAGGCACCGCCUAAGAAAGGGGAAGGAAAACGAGCGAAAAAGAAAUAAACAUUAAUGUAAAAUAA